AUGAUAAAAGCAAUCUUCUACAGCAAAUUUGACACACAGGAAGGCCCCAAAGUCGUCCACCAAGUCCCCGAUGGCGCCAUAGUCCCAUCUCCAACAGCCUCACCCCAACAAGCCCCCUUCUUCACCUUCUCCGAUAUAUCCUUCUUCGUAAUCCCGCGACAGGAACUAUGCGGCAACCUGCUCCAAGUAUGUACAAACGGAUACCGUAUCCUGGGAUACCCCAUCUGCAUCAAAUCAGUUCAAUAUGACCGAAAUGAAUUCAUGUUCAAUUUCUGUUUUGUGUUGGCCGAGGAAGAGGAUUUCAGUAAAUACAAGAGUAUUGUGCAGAAGCUUGCGGAUUUGAUGCAUGGAUUGGAAGAGCAGAGUGGUUUCCUGAGCCGGGAUUUUUCGAAGAGUGGGGAGGGAAAAGUGUAUAGUCUAUGUGAGACGUUGAUGGAAGAUUUGAAUAGUUAUAGUGAAUGCAUGAUUCCUAUAGAUAAGUUGAAUACGUUGAACUUCAAGCUUUUCCCCGUCUAUCCUGCACCGCCGUAUGUCAAAUCGUGGGAUGUUCCGCUGUUUACUGUUCGAUUCGACGCGUUUUUGGAUGAGAAUUGGGACCUUACACUCCAAAAGAUUGUCCCCUACGUAAACGGUGUGAACAGCGUACGCAUCAUAUCUAUUCUGGCCGACGUUGAACUUUCCCUAGCCUACAGAGCGAUUCGACACUUACUAUACUACGGAUGUGUCUUUCUGCUAGAUAUAUUCUCCUUUUCAGCUAUAUAUGCACCUACAGCCUCGUUUAACUCGAGUAUUGCCAGCGACGAAGCAAUGCAGCAGGAGUGUGCUCGAUAUGUAAAUACUCGCUUUGCGCCGACAUCAUCGCUGCGCAUGGCAACGGGAUCACCUCCUUCUUCCGAGUACCGCGGUGACUUAUCAGGCAGCGCUUCUCACCAUCGAAUCGAUGAUACAGAGGAGGAUAUCUGGCCAAUGAUUGGUGACAGCAACGACGAUUCUGACACCGACCACGACCACGACAGCCACAAAAACAACGCGGGCUCUUAUCUAUCUAAAACGCGACGACGACCAAGGAAGAAACGGAAAUACCUCGACGGAGUCGGCAUUGUCGAGCUCUACGCAAGUCUAAGACAGGGACAAAGCGUCAAGCAAUGGUAUACACUUAAUGCGCGCCAGCUCGCCAAUGUUGACAUCCGACGAUUCAUCACAUUUGGCAUCAUCAAAGGGUUUUUGUAUCGUGUGCACAAAUACGCAUAUGGACCACGACCGGAAGGGUUUGUAUAUACAUCGUCACAUGCGGAUAUGAAAUCAUUAUCCAAAGCGGCGUCUGCAUCGUCAAUCAAGGGCGUAGGUGGUAUAGGUAGUGGAUUGGGAUCGUCCAUGAAUUCUGCGGGUGGCGCCACAACUGCUGGCGAGGAUACGCUAGUUAGCAGAGAGAGUUCGAUUCGACAUGGUCGAAUGGGCAAUGAGCAGCAACAACAACAACAACAACAACAACAACAACAACAACAGCAAGUCAGCGUGAUGUCGAGUUCGUAUCAAAGUACGAAUAACACGCACACCAACCACAGUCAGAAUCACAGCCUCACAAACAGCAACAAUAUAAACAUCCGCCUCGGCUCAGCCGGUACAUCAUUCGACACCGAUCCUCGCCAUAACCAAAAUCCACAUCAAGACGAAAACGAACACACCAAUAUCAACAGCGAAAUUCACUCCACAGAAAGCAUACUAGAUGACGACUUGGCCGACGAAGAAAGUAGAGAAGGCGGAACAGCGCAGGAGGCGAUCCGAUUCCAUCAAAAUCACAAAGCGUUGGAAAAAUAUCUGGAUGGACAGCAUUGUUUUGACGAAAUAUGUACGGAAUUGGAGAUUAGUGAGCGUGAGUUGACGGCUAGGUUGAGACAGAUACCCUGGGUUGUGCAUAUUAUUCAUCGAUAA